ACUUUUCAAUUCCUUCCAUCAUGGAGACACCGAUCGAAGACCAGAAGAACGCGAAGCUCAUCGUCAACGAGGGCGAGGAGGACAUCCCGGCCCACGUGAUGGAGAACAUCCAGGAGAACCGCCGCUUCAUUUGGUGGUCGCUCCUCUUCCUCAACGGCUCGUGCCUCUGGGCGUACUACUCGUGCUUGACGGCGCAAUCGUACUACACGACUCGCUUCGCGACGACGUCGUUCGACUUUGCGUACUUGACGACGCCCGUCACGACGUGGCCCAUGUUUGUCGGUCAGUUCAUCCAGGUCUUCCUCGGCCUCGACAAGAAGAUGGGCAUGUGGAACCGCGUCCGUGUCGGCUUUGCCAUCUACGGCCUCUGCGCGCUUGCCAUCAUCCUCCAGAACGUCUUUGAUGCCGAGCCCCAGACCGGCGCCAUCAUCGUGCUCAUUGCCUUUGCUGUCAUUGGUGUCACCAACGCCUUGACCGAAGCUGGCUUCUACGCCAUGUCGGCGCUCUUCCCGGAAGCCUCGUUCACGAACGCGAUCCAGAUGGGCAACGGUUGCUCCGGUGUCUUGAACGUCACGAUCAACGUGCUCCUCCAGCUCAUUGUCGGUGGCAUCCACCCGAGUGAAGACGAGACGGCCAACAUCCAGAAGAUCGCCUUCUACAUUUUCUUCAGCGUCUUCAUUGCGGUCUGCUUCCUCGCGGUGUACGUCUUCUGGCGCCUCAUGCAGGUGCCGGCCGUCAAGUACCUCAUGGAACGCAACGAAGCCGAGACGAUCCGCCGCGCCGCCAACCAGGAGACGUACCCGGAGAUGUGGUCGCGCCUCUUCCGCAUCGGUGGUGUGGUCAUCCUCCCGCUCAUGUGCCAGUUCAUCAUCUUCCUCUGCUCGCUCACGGCCUUCCCGGGUAUCUCGAUCACGGCCGGCUUCCAGAUGGCCGGUGCCGUCAAGGGUGACUGGGGCCUCUGGUACCUCAACGGCGUGCUCCUCUGCUACAACUAUGGUGAUUUCACCGGUCGUAUCAUCUCGCCGUACCUCUACCGCUUCUUCACGCUCCAGUCGUGCUUCCUCUGGACGAUCAUCCGCUGGGUGCUCUUCAUCUUCAUCCUCAUCGGUCUCCCCGGCGGCGACAAGAACCCGCUCUACGCCAUGGGCACGGCCUACGCCUUCAACCAGUUCUGGCUCCUCUUCAUCAACUUCAUGCUCGGUAUCACGACGGGUGUUCUCUCGACGAUCACGUUCGGUCUUGGCCCGCGCCUCGUGCCCCAGGAAGACCGCGAGUCGGCCGGCGCCCUCAUGUGCCUUGGUCUCUUCCUCGGUAUCUCGUCGGGUGCUACGAUCGGCUGGCAGUUUGGCGCCAACCACUGGCUCGGCGCCUAAGCAACCAAUAGUGUGUACAUUGUUAUGUGUGGUAGAUUCAGCAACAUCCUCCUCGAGGUUAAACCAUUGUACUAAUGAUAACCUUUUGGUUGCGAUGACUUCAA